AUGUGUAUUAGAUGGUAUCGAGAGACGUCUGGUGGUGUACUACGGGAGAUACGUGAGGGCGAAGGCGGUGGGCGCUACAGUUUGUCCUCAGAUUCACUGUCCAUCAGACGAGCUGAGCUAUCAGACGACGGCAGGUGGGCUUGUAGAGCUGCCAAUGCACAUGGGCAUAUAACGCUACGGCUACAUCUGUCUCUACGCGCCCAUCUAACUGUACACGCCCAACCGCAUACACAGAUAGUAAACAGCGGUGGUACAGCUAUUAUAAACUGUACCUGGGCUGGUUGGCCUUCCCCUAGACUUGAGUGGCUUCACAAUGGUAUACCAGUGUCAGGGGUGACUGGUGGCAGACAUCGCGUGCAAAGUAACGGGGAACAACUAGUUAUAACAUCUGUACACCGCUCAGAUAAGGGAGUGUACCAAUGUAUUGCAAGGAACGAGCGGGAUUCUGCUCAAGCUAGCGCAGAAAUUAGACUAGGAGAUACAGCACCAGAGCUCCAAUAUACGUUUAUCGAGCAAGUACUUCGUCCGGGACAAGUAGUCACGCUCAAGUGCUCGUCAGUCGGCUCUCCACCCCCUCACUUCACGUGGCUGCUCGAUGGGCAGCCUGUUAAUACUAUGGCCAGGCAUAGAUACAGCAUAGAACAAUUUGCCACUAAGAAUAAUGAAGUUGUAAGCUACUUAAAUAUAAGUGCGGUCCGGUCUGAGGACGGCGGUCUCUACACCUGUAGGGCGGCCAACUCUCUAGGAGUCAUCGAGCACACGUCCCGACUUAACAUAUACGGACCGCCGUACGUACGAUCGAUCGGGCCAAUUAGAGCUGUGGCUGGGAGAGAAUUGAUAAUCUAUUGCCCCUAUUCCGGAUAUCCUAUCAGCUCUGUCCGUUGGGAACGGGACGGCAACCAGCUGGAAUGGGAAGGUGCAUCAGGAAGCACAGGUACAGGCACUGGCACAAGUACUGGCGUGGGGGUUAGUGGAGCAUUGCGCUUGGCAAGAGUGGAGGCGGGCAGCGCAGGCGCAUACACUUGCAGCGCUGUUGGUCCUCAUGGGGAGAUAGCGCGCAGGGAGCUGCAACUCAUAGUCAGCAAUCCACCAGAAAUUGAGCCAUUCUCAUUCUCCGCUAACCUUCAAGAAGGCAAACGAGCACAAGUGAGUUGCAGCGUGGCAUCAGGAGAUAUGCCAGUGCGUUUCGCUUGGCUUAAAGAUGGCGCGCCCAUACCGGCCGAUCUGCAGGUGGAAGAGCGAGGGGCAGAUUUUUUCAGCAAUCUCGUAUUCAAGGAGGUAUCAGCCCGCCACAGCGGCUCGUACACCUGUGUCGCAUCAAACAACGCCGCCAGAGUUAACUAUACAGCAGAACUCGUGGUCAAAGUUUCGCCAAAAUGGAUAAGGGAGCCUACAGACGUGGCAGUACUUGCUGGCGAGCCCGUAGCGCUACACUGCCACACCACGGGCUCGCCCUCGCCGCAUACCACGUGGCUAAAACAACGUGCUGGCUCAGCAUCAGAUUUCGUCCCUUUGGUAAAUUUAGGAGGCAGAUUUCAAUUUGUACCAAAUGGCACACUGUCAAUCGAAGCCGCCUUGCCCUACGACGAAGGCUACUACAUGUGUAAAGCUGAAAAUGGUGUCGGAACUCCUCUUUCUAAGACUAUUUUUGUAGCUAUUAAUGAGCCAGCACGUUUCGAAGUGACAUCUCAUAACGUGUCAGCUCGUCGCGACGCGGGCGCGACACUGGCGUGCGAGGCGCGGGGAGACGCACCGCUGAGAUUGACGUGGUCCAGGGAUGGGGCUCCGCUUGAUCUUUCUACCUAUAGGUUAAGUAUUUCCGAAGCAAAGACUGACAGCGGGCUGCGCUCGCAGCUGUACAUCAGUCGCAGCGAACGCCGCGACUCCGGCGUGUACAAGUGUCAAGCUGUCAACGCAUACGGACACAGCGACCAUUAUAUAUAUUUAUCCGUCCAAGAAAAACCGGAAACACCCCAAUCGUUAUCCGUCACGGAGAUCCAGUCGCGAGCAGUGCGGCUGUCCUGGAGCGUGCGCUUCGACGGGAACAGCCCGCUGCUCGGCUACACGCUGCAGCACACCGCGCUGUCGGCGCAGGGCGCGCUGCGCGUCACGCGCUGGGACGCGGCGGAGACGCUAAAUGUUUCGCUGCAUGGAUCUCAUUCGCAUUCGCAUGUUACGCUAACAAAGAAAGGUGACAUCCACUACGAGGCGUUACUAAAUAAUUUGCGUCCACACACGGCGUACAUGAUCCGCCUGGCGGCGAUCAACCAAAUAGAUUCUAGUGAUUUUACCGAGCCUGUAGUUGUGAAAACUCAAGAAGAGGCGCCAUCAGAAGCCCCAAACAGCGUGUCGGUGUCGGCGGGCGCGGCGGGCGAGCUGCUGGUGGCGUGGCGGCCGCCGCCGCGCGACGCCUGGCACGGCGAGCUUCUCGGCUACUCCGUCUCCUGCGCGGAGCUCGGCCCUGAUGCUGCACCGCUGCCCAAUGCUACUAGAACUCUAACAGUGAAUGGUUGGUCUGCAACAGAACUCACUUUGUCGGCUUUAAAAAAGUUCACACGCUAUGAAGUUCGCGUCCGCGCCUUCAACGGCGUCGCGGCCGGACCUCCCUCGCCCGCCGUCACUGCCACUACAUUAGAAGGAGUGCCGGAAGCCGCCCCCACACGCGUGUCCUGCGCCGCCCUAUCGUCGUCCAGUAUGAAGGUGUCGUGGGCGCCGCCGCCGCAGGCUCUGCGCGCCGGACUCAUACAAGGAUACAAAGUUAUAUACGCGCCUAUAUCGACUGAUCAUGCAGAAGGUGCGGAACUGAAGCGUGUUACAACAACAGAGACGUACCUGCACGCGCUGCACAAGUACAGCAACUACUCGGUGCAGGUCGCCGCGUACACCGCCGCGGGGGACGGCAAGCGCAGCGCGCCCGUCUACUGCAUGACCGAGGAGGAUGUACCAUCAGCUCCUGAGAAAAUCAAAGCCUUGCCAUAUUCAAGCGACUCGGUGCUCGUGAGCUGGCUGCCUCCCGUACAUCCCAAUGGCAUCAUAUCUCACUACACUGUCUACUACAGGGAAGCUGGGCGGUUAGGUAAGCACUCGAGCUUCACGGUGUCAGCUGAUAAGAGCCAAGAGUCAGAAUUAAUGUUUCAAGUCAGAAAUCUGAUGGAGAACCAACUGUAUGAGUUCUGGGCGUCAGCCACUACCGGGUCGGGGGAAGGGGAGUCUACUCUAGUGGUGGGGCAAGGACCAAGCUCCAGAAUUCCAGCGCGGAUAGCCUCAUUCGGCGGCACCAUCCGCGUGGGCGUCGGCCGCGGCGCGCUGCUCUCCUGCAGCGCCGUGGGGCUGCCGACGCCGCGCACGCGCUGGGCGCACGCGAGGGCGCCCGUCACACACCACAGGUUCUACCAGGUCACGAGGAACGGACAUUUACAUAUACGAGAAGUAAAUGAACAAUCAUCAGGCAACUUCACGUGUACAGCCACAAAUAGUAUCGGGGAAGACUCUAUAGUGUACACCGUCCGAGCGGUGCUGCCGCCGGGCGCGCCCGCCCUGUCGCUGCAGUACACGACCGCCACUAGCAUUAAGCUGCACUGGAGAAUGCCAGAUUCUGAUCAACCAGUUUUAGGUUACAUACUGCACUACAAGCAAGCAUCUGAAACGGAAUGGCUGACCGUGGAGCUUUCUCCAGAGCAGACAUCCUAUACAAUGGACAUGCUCAAAUGUGGCACCACUUACAACGCCAAGAUUCAAGCUCAGAACAAAAUAUCUUUAGGACCACCCAGUGAAGUCCUUACCGCUACUACAAGAGGAGGCCGUCCAAAAGCACCUAAGCCAGAAGAACACGUACACACAAAUGCCACUGCCAUUAAAAUCAACUUGUACGCGUGGCGAGAUGGGGGCUGCCCCAUAUUGGGUUUCCGCAUUGCCUACCGACGCGCAGGAGAUGAUCAUUGGAUACAGGCCGGGUCAGGCUUGAGCGCGGCGCGGCACACGGUGGGCGCGCUGUCGCCGGGCGCGUGGUACGAGCUCGCGGUGGAGGCGUGGAGCGACGCGGGCGUGGAGCGGGUCACCUUACUCGCAGACACGCAUACUUUGGCUGGAGGGCGCAUCCCGCCGCUGCGGGUGUCGCCGCCGGCGGCGGGCGGCGCGCGCGCGGGCGGGCGCGCGGCGCUGGUGUGGGGCGCCGCCAGCGCGCUCGUGGUGGUGGCGGCGCUCGCGGCGCUGCUGUGUCUGCUGCACGCGAAGCGGAAAUUUUUCUGCUUUUCAAAUGAUCAUUAUUUGCGUGAUAACAGAAAACUAAGUGAGAGUAACGAGGCUGAACGGGAGAAACUUCGAGAAGGACACAAGUUAUAUUCAUCGUCGUCUAUAAACGGCAACGAGAAGUCAAAUGAUGAUUCAUCAGCUGAACUAUACGAGAUCAGUCCAUACGCGACGUUCGGCGGCGGCGCGGCGGCGCACUCGCUACAGUUCCGCACGCUGGCGCGGCGCGAUGACGACGCCGCGCCGCCGCACCGCCGGCGGAGGCGCGCCUGCGACCACUACCGAUAUGUAGUUAUGGAUGAGUGUGACUGCACACCACAUUUUAUAAGCGUGCCGACGACGCCCAUGAUACACGAACCCUAUCGAAGUGCUCGACGGUGGAGGCGCGGCACCGCCUGCGCGCCGCCGCCCGCGCCCGCGCCGCACGCCGCGCCCGCGCACUGGCGCGAGCGCUCCGACUCCGACGACUAUAGCGAUAGUGCAGCCAACACUACCACUAAAGGUUCGGGCGGGUCGGGAGGCGGCAGUGCGUACGGCAGCGGACGGCGCACCGCCAGCAGUGGAGGUCAAAAUGGGAGCGACGGGCUCUCCGGGUGCUUUGCGCCGGUACCUCCCGAUAUAUCUUCGUUAAUAGAUAAAUACCAACAAAGAAAAGAACAAGAGCGUCGGGAAUGCACGAUCCACGUC